UUGGAGAUUCGUCGCGGCUAACUUCAUGCUGCAAUUUUCAAUUUAUGUCAAACACGUAAUAUACCACCCGCCAUUUUGAAUUUUUCUGUCAUCACUUUUUGUCUCGGUACAGGACGCAGCCGAGGUUGUCAUAUUGCCAAUAUCAAACAUCUUUUCAGAUACGAGCGUUCAUAAUUUUCGUUUGAAAGGCGUGGCCAUUUUGUACAGAAGACAAUGACCCAGCCCGCAUCCUGACCUCCGAACGGGAUCGUCGAAAUUAAGCGGAAAGAUGAAAGUGCAACUGGGACGCGUACCUUCCUCGAUCGGCCAGCGCGGUCAUCUUCUUCGUGCUGCUCGUGAGGCAGACAAGGUACGAGCAAGCCUUCGUCGGCCGGUGCUCCCCAACAAGUUCCCCGGCUAUCGUCCGCAGGCUCCGCCCUCGAAGGCUUCGAAGCACCCGAAACCAGGACGGUUCGGCGGCUCUGCGUGCCGUCGGCGCACGACGCCCGGGCGUGGGUGGCCGGCCGAUGAGAGGAGGAACCUCCCGAGACCCCUCCUCGUCCUAAGAAUUCGGAAUACGCACACCGAGAAAGGCACGCACGCACUCAUUGACGCUUCGGGGCCGGCUAGCAGCGACUACCUACCUCCGUGGGUUCUGCACUCGAGUUGCUCGAGAGCCUGGACCGGGCCGAGGAUCACCGGGGAGAAUGAUGAGCCGUUGAUAAGCUCGGUAGUCUGGCACGGUUCUUUGGCCCGUCGGUUUGUCGGUGUGUUCCCUCCACCACGCCGGGGGUGUACCGGGAGUCGCUUUAGGUCGAGUUCGACUAGCUCUUGUCAGCAUCCGAUCCCGAAGUGAGAACAUAUCCUGUUAGCGGUGCGCCUGACCCCCGAUGACGCUCGGGAUUGUCAGAUCUUUGGUCAAGAUCGCGGGGGGGAUCAGAGCCAUUCAUAUUGGCCGUGAAUUAUUUCGAAUGAAUUCUCCCGUUUUACAUCUGUCCAUGCGUUGAAUCCGUUCGACGACGUAUCUAUAUCCGCUUCGCGUCCGUCCGCUGCUUCUUCUUUCUCGUUCAAUAACCACCUAUCCGAGGAUUUCAAUUAUCUUGUACCCUCGUUUAACGCCGUUUGUACUCACGCUAUGCGAAAGUGGUGUCGGAUGAUAUUGUUGUGAUAACCGCGACAACGGGCACGCGACUGACGACGAGACCGGAAUUUAUAGUGCGUGGAUUUAUCUCAAGUCUGUGAUUAUUCUUUCAACGAUUUCUUUCUCACUUGUGCAACGAUUUAUACUUAUAUAUGUAUAAAUAUGUAUAUUUUACACUUAUAAAUACACACACACACACACACACACACAUAUAUAUAUAAUAUAUAUAAUACAUGUAUAAAGUCGAGUGUGCGAACUUGUUAUAAGUGGUGCCUAUUGCAUACAGGUAUACAGUUGGAGUAGAGAGAUUAUAUAUAUACAUGUGAAAACUUUUAUGUGCAAUUGUGGAAAUUACGUUAUGACCAGUAUUGAAGUAUCUUCGUUUAGUGUGAAGGGUAUUCUAUUCUUCGUUUAGUGUGAAGGGUAUUCUAUUCUUCGUUUAGGUAUUCUAAGUGCCUUUGAAAGUGAUAGCUGUCAUAAUUGUUGUUGUGGAUGAUUAUUCGACGUAUUGGAGUAUAAUUCAACAAGUUCAUUGACCGUCACCGUAGUGCACAAGUGGAGAUUUCACUGCAGAGACGGUUAUUUAACUCGGGUCAGUUUAAAUCGUUUGCUAGUUAAACCGAGCAAGGCUUCGAUAAAAAUAACAUGAAAAUCUGGCACACAGAGUUUUAGCUCGAUGCUGUCGAAAAGGAAAAUGUUGCACUUUUGGUGAGAAAUGUAUGUAUAUAUAUAUAUAUACCUAUAUAUAUAUAUACAGUGACGCAGGCGAAGGGUCGAAGAGAAUAUAAAUCUCGACGAAGCAUGCAACAGCAACAUGAACAACAGCACGAAGUCGCUGCGGACUGUUGUUAUCAACAGUGGGCGACGCACCACCACCACCAUCACCAUCAUCAUCAGCAGCAUCAACAUCAGCAGCAGCAGCAGCAGCAGCAACAACAGCACCACCACCAUCACCAACAUCAGCACCAUCAUUCGCAACUGCCGCCGGUACCGUCGCCGAUGCAACAAAUGGAAGGUGCAUCGAUAGUAACGAUCAAGGCGUUGUCCACAGCGUGUCUGCAAACCGCCGGAAGAGUGAAACGCUCCCGCAGUCCAACGUUGGAAACGACGCUGGCCCAGGCAUCCUCGGCAGUAUCGCCGUCCUCGUCGAUCGAGUCCUCGCGAAAUGACAACAACAACAACAACAACGACACCGCAACGCCGAACACACCAUCCGACGAAACACCGCCGAAGAGACCACUUCAUCCGGCUCUUUCGGCCGUCGGAAUCGCCCUCGAGGCUCGUCCGCUUUGGGAGGAGUUUCACCAGCUCGGGACCGAGAUGAUCGUGACCAAGGCCGGGCGCAGGAUGUUCCCCACGUUCCAGUGUCGAAUUUUCGGGCUGGACCCAAACACCGACUACCUACUGGUCAUGGACUUUGUACCCUGCGACGACAAGAGGUACAGAUACGCCUUCCACAGCAGCGCCUGGGUCGUAGCCGGACGAGCUGACCCCGUUUCACCCCCAAGAAUUCACGUUCAUCCCGACAGUCCGGCGAGCGGCGCUCACUGGAUGAAGCAGCCCGUCUCUUUCGACAAACUCAAACUCACCAACAACCAGCUGGACGACAACGGCCACAUAAUUUUAAAUUCCAUGCACCGUUACCAGCCCCGAUGCCACGUAGUGGUGGCCCCAUCACCCCCGGGUUCGGCGCCGGAUCCAAGAACGGAGAACUUCAAAACGUUCACGUUCCCGGAGACGAGGUUCACGGCGGUCACGGCCUACCAGAACCAUCGGAUAACGCAGCUGAAAAUCGCGAGCAAUCCGUUCGCCAAGGGGUUCAGGGACUGCGAACCCGACGAGUGCGAGUCACCGACUUCCGGUUCCCAGAGCGUCCAGAACCCCGCGAAAAGGCCGGCGACCGGUUCCGGCAACGCGUUGCCGAGCUACGCCUCCGUGCCCGCGGUUCCGAUCGCCUCGACCAUCUCAGCGGGGAUUUCCGGUAUCCCGAAUCCCGAGCAUCAGUUUUACGGGGCGAGUCCCAGUCACUGGGGCUACCCUGGACAUCAGCCGGCGCACAUGACGUCGCCUCAUCACUACCCGACGCAUCCUCAUCACGCGCAUCCCGGAUCGCAUACGUCGUCUUUGUACGGACCACGGUAGCCCCGCGGAUGAUUCGAGAUAUCGUUUAAUUUUAUCGUCUCAGAUUAUUCGGGAUACCGAUUACAUCCGAUCACACUGCGGAACUUUCUGAGAAACAGCCAUCGCUCCGGAUAUCGUUAUUAUACUUUUGUAUAUGUAUAUGGUCGUUGAUCUGUGCCAAAGUUAAACUGCACUCGUAUAGAUAUACAUUUAGAUAGUUGUAUUGGAUAUAAGGAGUUUGAGUAUAUUAUUUUAUCAAAUCCAUACCACAAGGUAAUAGGUCAUAUUAUAUUAUUAUUACACAGUUUAUUGUAGUAAAUUAUUGAAAACGCUUGGUAAAUGUAACGUUUGUAUGUGUAUAGUGGUAUGACGCCAAAGUAAAUUAGUACCUAUUCUACGUUAUAACUUAUAACAUAAGUAAAAACGAAGAAUGUAUAUCUCGUAUUUUUGAAAUUUUACCGCGGAAAACUCGAAUCACUUCUCUGAUUUAUUCUAUAUUAUUCUUCUCUUCUUUCACGUACAAGCGCACGGAGGAUCGUUCAAAAUAUUAUUCCGGUAUAACGAGUAAAACGUGCGGUUGCGUACGCCAGUUCGUUAUACCUAAAGUAUACAUUCACAAAGUGUGCUUUGUGGAGACAAAGUGUCUAUUUAAAAAAAUAAAUACAUGUAUACAUUUAUGUAUGUAUACACACAUUUCCUAUACUAUCAUGUAUAGGGAUCUCAAACGCCCCGUGACACCCUUGGCUUUGCCUAAACUUGAGCUUGACGGUUGAGUUGAGAGUUGAGACUAUACCUUAAGUGCCCUAAUAAAUUAUACUCAAGUAUUUUACCGUUAGAGUUUAACUUAGACUCCAAGAGGACUAAUAAGAAGGCGAACCGAACUUUCUAUAUUGUGCAAUGUGUUAUGCAACAAAGAAUCAAAUACAUAUAGUACGCAUAGAAAUAUAUAACACUGAG